ACACUUGAAGUAACGUGAUACUGUUUGGCUAUCACAGCCACUCGGAAAUGCAGUUUAUGUAAGUGCUACUGAACUAAAUAGACCCAUUGAAAAUCCACUUUCUUAAUAACCUUGUGAUUGAACUGCAAACGGGCAAUGAUCCCCAGACAUGCUCCUGGACAGAGUGGUCUGAGUCUGUGGUUCUGAAGCAAACGUGGGAAAAACGAGCUGUUACCACUUUAACUAAGAUGGGGUUUUUUCGAAGGUCGGAAGAUAAAGAUUAUUUGACAAGUAUUAAAGUUUUAAUAUGCAUUGCUGUGACAAUGUUCAUAGCUGGAGAUCGAGAUGUAGAUGCAUUUCCUGCUUGGAGACCUCAGUUAGAAGAUAUUGCACCUUCCAACUUGCUGAUGUUUGAUGUUCGCUCCACAAUACAGCAUCAGGCGAGAAAGAAGAGGUACACAUUAACUCCACAGAUGCUGAAAUGGGAUCACUUCAACCUAACUUACCAAAUUCUGUCCUUUCCAAAGACCCUAAAUGAAAAGGAUACAGAAAAGGGAAUCGCAGAUGCUUUUCAAAUGUGGAGUGAAGUUUCUCCUUUCAAUUUCACUGAAGUUCCUGCAAAUGUCAGUGCUGAUAUUAAAAUAGGAUUUUAUUCCAUAAAUCACACUGACUGCUGGGAAGUUCCUUCUCAUCCCUGUUUUGAUGGGAUAACUGGAGAACUAGCACAUGCGUUUUUUCCAUCCCAUGGAGAAAUCCAUUUUGAUGAUUUUGAACAUUGGAUAUUGGGUAAAACUUACUUCAGUUGGAGGAAGGUGGUUUGGCUCACUGACCUAGUGCACAUUGCAGCCCAUGAGAUUGGACACAGCCUUGGACUAAUGCACUCACUGAACUCAAAUUCACUUAUGCACAAAAAUGCUACACUAACACGAAAAGAUAAAAUCACUCGGGACGAUAUGUGGGGGAUUUGGAGGCUGUAUGGUUGCCUGGACAGACUUGAUGAAUGUCCUUCCUGGGCCCUCAAGGGUUUCUGUGAAAAACGUCACACUUUAAUGAAGAAGCAUUGCCCAUUUAGCUGUGACUUCUGUAUAGAUCCUCCCAUCCCAACCAAUGCACCAACGCCUGUACCUCCCAGGACUAAAGUUAGGCGAGUUUCCAAAGGACGGAAUGUUACAAUUCGAUGUGGACGAAAGGUUGCUCAUAAGAAAGGGAUAUUGCAGUGGUUUAAAGAUGGUGAACUAUUAGAGUUUUCAUAUCCGGGUUACAUCGCCAUGAUGGGCAGUAAGCUCAGCAUCAUUGCCAAUGCAAUCAAUGAAGGAACCUACACUUGCCUAGUGAAGAAAAAAGGCAAAAUCCUUACAAAAUACUCUUGGCAGUUGAUAGUUAAAGAAUAAAGAAACUCUUUAAAUAAAUGUCGUUUGUAAUAAUUUGCCAAUCAAUUUAUUGCAUUUUUAUAAAAAACAAACCAGUGUCUGUAUGGUGAUGUGUAUUUAGUGCACUGUUUGCAGAUGUGAAAUUUUCUGUUUUUUGGUUUGGAUGUUUGUACAGUGAUCUUUAAAAAUAAAUUAAAUCUGACUGACCAAUGUGUCAAAA